GUGUUCCCUCCCCGUGUCAGGAUCCCUUGUUCUCACGACCCAUUUGGGCCCAGGAUGCUAAGGCCUCUCAAGUCUCUAUUCCCAGGCACUUGCUCAGCAACUGUGCCCACCCACGGAGUCUCCUGGGGCCUGGCACAGCCCAGCGAUUCUUUUGCUUGGUGGGAGAGCUGGACAUGAGUUCCUGUGUCAGUGCCUCAUAGUGCAGCCCUGGCCCCGGUCUGGAUGGGAGGUGUCAGAGAGAGGAGCGUGUUGGGGUUUGUAAGAGGGACGCCUCUGUGAAGCCUGGCCCGGGACAGCUCUGGCCAGGCUGGCCCCUGCAGUGCAUGCUCCGGUGCUGCCCUCCUUGUGAGCCCCAGUGCUCAGGGGCAGGGGAGGGUAGGAAACAGCCAAAGUCCAUGCCCAGGCCUGUGGCCCCUCCCAACCAGGCCCUGGCCUGGAAGAAGGCCAUGGGCGUGGCCAUCAGAAAGCUGAGCUGAGCGCUGAAGCGUCCGUUUUCCUGUCCCUUCUGGACCAAGUGGCCCUCUCAGGGGAGGCUAGGCAGCACCGCCUCCCUCGCCUCUUCCUUCUGGCUUGCCCCGCCCAGGAGCUCCUGGAGUUGGCUAACCCCCUUACAAGGGCAUUUGAAGGGAGCACCCUCCUGACAGUCCUUGUGGGGGCAGAGGCUUUAGGGCCGUCCCCGCCCAGCACAGCUUGGCCCUGUCACCUCAGUGGAAUGUCACCUGUGGGGCAGAACAGGCUGAGCAGUUGGCUGCCUGCUGGGGAGUCGCCUCUGGAGCCCCCACCCUGUCCCCUGCCCACCCCACCCCACCCCAGGUCUGGGGCCCAUUCAGGGAAGGUUGUGGGUGAGAACCCCACCAGCCAGGUUGGCUUUCCUCAGUCCUCACACAGCUGGGUGCAGGGCCUCUGUGGGACGGUGGGGUGGGGCCAGACCCGCCCACUGGGUCCACCUUCUGCCUCCAGCCUGGGAGAGAUCCUCCCAGGAUCCCAGCCAGUGGGAGAGAGAAAGGUGCAGGAGCCUGGGAGCCGGGGCCUCGGGGCCUUGGGGCCUCCAAGCACAGAGGGCCCCCGCAGAGGGGAAGGGCAGAGCAGGCCACCAUGGCGACACUCCUCUCCCAGCCCAAACGGCGCCCUCCCCUCUUGCGCCAGGCCAUCAAGAUAAGGCACCGCAGGGGCCGGGUCGGAGAUCUGCAGGAUCCCCUGCCCCAAAGGGCUCAAGAGAUUGAGCCUCCAUCGCACCACUUCUCUCCUGAGGAGCGGGCCUUGCUCUACGAGGAAGCUCUCUACACCGUCCUGCACCGCUUGGGCCAGCCUGAGCCCAACCAUGUGAGGGAGGCCUCUGAGCUGCUGCGAUACCUGCAGGAGCCUCCCACUCUCCUACCCCAUCAGGCCUUCCACAUGGAGCCUCAAGAGCACCAGCAGAUGCUGCAGCAGGUCCAGGAGCUCGAGAAGCCAACAUUUUGUCUGAAGGCCACGGUGAAACAGGCCAAGGGCAUUCUGGGCAAGGAUGUCAGUGGGUUCAGUGACCCCUACUGCCUGCUGGGCAUUGAGCAGGGGGUAGGUGUGCCCGGGGGCAGCCCUGGGUCUCGGCGUCGGCAGAAGGCCGUGGUGAGGCACACCAUUCCAGAGGAGCAGACCCACCGCACCCAGGUCGUCACCCAGACACUCAACCCUGUCUGGGACGAGACCUUCAUCCUAGAGUUUGAGGAUAUAAGCAACGCGAGCUUUCAUCUGGACAUGUGGGACAUGGACACCGUGGAGUCUGUCAGACACAAGCUUGGGGAGCUCACAGAUCUGCAUGGGCUGCGAAGGAUCUUUAAGGAGGCCCGGAAGGACAAAGGCCAGGAUGACUUCCUGGGGAACGUGGUUCUGAGGCUACAGGACCUGCACUGCCGGGAGGAUCAGUGGUACCCCCUGGAACCUUGCACCGAGACCUACCCGGACCGCGGCCAGUGCCACCUCCAGUUCCAGCUCAUUCACAAGCGGAGAGCCACUGAGGCCAGCCGCUCCCAGCCCAGCUACACGGUGCACCUCCAUCUGCUGCAGCAGCUCGUGUCCCAUGAGGUCACCCAGCACCAGGCUGGCAGUACCUCCUGGGAUGGGUUGCUGAGUCCCCAGGCUGCCACCAUCCUCUUUCUCCACGCCACGCAGAAGGACCUGUCAGACUUCCACCAGUCCAUGGCGCAGUGGCUGGCCUACAGCCGUCUCUACCAGAGCCUGGAGUUCCCGAGCAGCUGCCUCCUGCACCCCAUCACCAGCAUUGAGUACCAGUGGAUCCAGGGCCGCCUCAAGGCAGAACAGUUGGAGGAGCUGGCCGCCUCGUUCAGCUCCCUGCUGGCCUAUGGCCUCUCCCUCAUCCGGAGAUUCCGGUCUGUCUUCCCCCUCUCUGUCUCCGACUCCCCGGCCCGACUGCAGUCUCUUCUAAGGGUCCUGGUACAGAUGUGCAAGAUGAAGGCCUUUGGAGAACUGUGCCCCAACAGCACCCCACUGCCCCGCCUGGUGACCGAGGCCCUGCGGACUGGCACUGUUGAAUGGUUCCACUUGAAGCAGCAGCACCAUCAGCCCAUGGUGCAGGGCAUGCUGGAGGCAGGCAAGGCCUUGCUGAACCUGGUACAGGACAUCGUUGGUGACCUGCACCAGUGCCAGCGCACAUGGAACAAGAUCUUCCACAACGCCCUCAAGAUCGACCUCUUCUCCACGGCUUUCCUGGAGCUGCAGUGGCUGGUGGCCAAGCGGGUGCAGGACCACACGGCGGCAGUGAGUGGCUCUGUGUCCCCAGAGCUGGGCGAGAGUCUGUUCCAGCUCUACAUCAGCCUCAAGGAGCUCUGCCAGCUGGGCCCCAUACCCUCGGAGAGGGACAGAGCUCUGGCCCUGGAUGGUUUCCACCGCUGGUUCCAGCCGGCCAUCCCCUCCUGGCUGCAGAAGACCUACAGUGUGGCCCUGGCGCGGGUGCAGCGAGCUGUGCAGAUGGACAAGCUAGUGCCCCUGGGUGAAUUAACCAAGCAUAGCACGUCGGCUGUGGAUCUGUCGACCUGCUUUGCCCAGAUCAGCCACACGGCACGGCAGCUGGACUGGCCUGACCCAGAGGAGGCCUUCAUGAUCACCGUCAAGUUCGUGGAGGACACGUGUCGGCUCGCCCUGGUGUACUGCAGCCUUAUAAAAGCCCGGGCCCGUGAGCUCUCUGCAGGCCAGAAGGACCAGGGCCAGGCAGCCAACAUGCUGUGUGUGGUGGUGAAUGACAUGGAGCAGCUGCGGCUGGUGAUCGGCAAGCUGCCCACCCAGCUGGCGUGGGAGGCGCUGGAGCAGCGGGUAGGCGCUGUGCUGGAGCAGGGGCAGCUGCAGAACACGCUGCAUGCCCAGCUGCAGGGUGCGCUGGCUGGGCUGGGCCACGAGAUCCGCACCGGCGUCUGCACCCUGGCCAAGCAGCUGGAGGUGGGCAUCGCCACGCACAUCCAGAAACUCGUGGGCAUCAGGGAAUCCGUCUUGCCUGAGGAUGCCAUUCUGCCCCUGAUGAAGUUCCUGGAGGUGGAGCUCUGCUACAUGAACACCAACCUGGUGCAGGAGAAUUUCAGCAGCCUUCUGACCCUGCUCUGGACCCACACGCUCACAGUGCUCACGGAGGUGGCCACCUCCCAGCGGAACUGCCCCCUGGCCUCUAGGAGGCUGAAGGUUGUGCUGCAGAACCUGGAGAUCUGCUUCUACGCAGAGGGCUGUGGCCUGCCGCCCGAGGCCCUGCACACGGCCACCUUCCAGGCUCUACAGAGGGAUCUGGAACUGCAAGCAGCCUCCAGCCAGGAGCUCAUCCAGAAGUACUUCUGCAGCCGCAUCCAGCAGCAGGUAGAAACCACCUCUGAGGAGCUCGGUGCUGUCACGGUCAAGGCCUCCUACAGUGCGUCUGAGCAGAAGCUGCGUGUGGAACUGCUCAGCGCCUCCAGCCUGCUGCCUCUGGACUCCAAUGGUUCCAGCGACCCCUUUGUCCAGCUGACCUUGGAGCCCAGGCACGAGUUCCCUGAGCUGGCGCCCCGGGAGACCCAAAAGCACAAGAAGGAGCUUCACCCACUGUUCGAUGAGACCUUUGAGUUCCUGGUGCCUGCUGAGCCAUGCCAGAAGGACGGGGCGUGCCUCCUGCUCACCGUGCUGGACCAUGACACACUGGGGGCUGAUGACCUGGAAGGGGAGGCCUUCCUGCCACUGCGCUCGGUGCCAGGCCUGACUGGGACCCAGGAGCCUGGCGAGGUGCCUCAGAUCCGCCUGCCCCUCACCUACCCUGCACCCAAUGGGGAUCCAAUUCUGCAGCUGUUGGAGAGCCGGAAGGGUGAUCGCGAGGCCCAGGUGUUUGUGAGGCUGCGGCGGCAGCGAGCCAAGCAGGCCUCCCAGCAUGCUCCUCAGCCAGGGCGGUAGCAGUGGAGGUUGGGGAUGGGUUGGGUCCCUGGUAGGGAAGGGCUUUCUUGGGAGAUCUGGGUUCUCUCCCCCACUGCAGCCCUACAGCCUGGCCUAACACUCCAAAAGGGCCUGCAGAUCUGGGGAGCACCAAAUACGGAAGGCCCAGAGUGCAGACCCCUCUCCGGUCCUUCUGCCAGGGCAGGGGCCCACAGUCACGGGGGCACCAUUAGCAGUAUUUAUACUCCCUCCUGCCUCCCUUCAGCCCUGGCCUCAGCAUCCUCUGCCAGAUUCCAGCACCAGGGGGAGGGGAGGCAGCUGUCUGCAUCUCCUGCCCCUGCUCCCCUCCUGGGGAAAAGCUGCUCUGGCAGAGCAGGAUCUCAGCCACCUGUUUCCUGGCAUGCCUGUUCCAGCCACUCGAUGAGGGUAGUGGGGAGCGGGCAGGUUCUCUUGUGCCUGUUGGGCCUCUUGGGGUCAGGCCUGCAGACACAAAGCCUCCUGGGGAAGGGAGAGGGGAUCCCGCCAGAGAUGAAGCUACAGCUGCCCUGGCGGUGUAGGGAUGGUGGCCAUAAUGAAGGGAGCCUGGGUCCUCUCCUGAGGUGACUACCAGCACCCAAGCUAAGGAGCCUAGAGCCAGGGACCUUCUGGCUCUGAAGGAGUGAGCACUGGCAGGCAGUGGCGCUGGCACGGUGGGGCAGAAAAAAAGAACAGCUUGGCUAGCUGUGUCUGCUGAUGACACCACCUCCCUGGGACAGUACCUAUCACUAAGAAAUUUUCUUAGCAAAAAUUAAAAAACUAACAAUCCAUUGUUCUCUUAGAAAAUAUACUGUUGGGAGCUGGCCCCGUGGCCAAGUGGUUUAGGUUCGCGCACUCCGCUUUAGCGGUCCAGGAUGUCACCAGUUUGGAUCCUGGGCAAAGACAUGGCACUGCUCAUCAAGCCAUAUGAGGUGGCA